UCCUUUCCUAGCGCGCUCUCUCUCUCUCUCUCUCCCUUCUUUCCAAUUUUUUUUAUAUAUUUCUUUUUAUUGCUUUACUCUUUUCUUCCCCUUCUCUCCUGUCUCCUUCCCAAUCCCCAGAAAAAAGUCAGCGCCGCCUCUUUCUCCUCUCCUCUCCUCCUCCGUUGAUGGCCGACGACUGGGAUCUCAACGCGAUCGUCAGGAGCUGCAGCUCCGUCGCGGCGGCGCAGCCCGACAACUCCGCCGCCUCCUGCUCAAACAGCAACAAUCCCCAUCGCGAGAACAACCCGCUCUCCGGGUUGACUUUCGACGACGAACCCGACCCGUUCGCCUUCCCGGAUCUAACGGUGCAACCCGAAGACAAAAGCUACAGCUACAACAACUUCCCCGAUUUGCUGCAAGAUUCGUACAAGCCGUUCUUGUCCCCUCCCGCCGCCGCCGGUCAACGGAGCGUUCUCAUCCCUCCUCCUCCCAACAAUACUUCAAAUUCCAAUUUCGGAGCUCCGAGUCAGCCGCGGACCACCGCAUCAACCGUGAGCCCGCGGGUAGUCAAUCCGAAGACCCACCACCAGCAGCAGCAGCAGCCACGCCAGCCGCAGGAUCUUGGCGGUCGUCAUCGAAAUCAACGGCAGCAGAGCACCAUUAUUACCCUGGGCCCUCCUUCUUCCGUAGUAGUCCAUCCUGCGUUGAGGACGGCGGCGACCUUGCCGUCGCAGCAGCCCGCAGCCAGGUCAAGGAAAAAAAAGAACAACCAGAAGCGGCUGGUUGUCCAGGUGACGGCGGAUAAUCUGUCGAACGAUGUUUGGGCCUGGCGGAAGUAUGGGCAAAAGCCCAUCAAGGGCUCCCCGUACCCAAGGAACUACUACAGAUGCAGCAGCUCAAAAGGUUGCGCGGCGAGGAAGCAAGUGGAGAGGAGCACGACGGAUCCGAACAUGUUCAUCAUCAGCUACGCCGGCGACCACACGCAUCCCAAGCCCACACACCGGAACUCGCUCGCCGGCAGCACGAGGACGAAGUUCCCGGCGGCGAAGGCGGGUGCGGCGGAGGGAAAGGAGUCCGAGGCGGCGGCACAGCCCGCGCCGCCGCCGACCGCCAAGGAGAAAGCCACGUCGGCGGUGGCGGUGAGUCUUUCCCCGACCACUCCGCCCUCGGCGACGAUGGACCACGACAACAACAACAACAAAAACGCGGCGGUUGCGGAAAUGAUGCCGACGAACGCGGAUAUCGAUGACGUGGACGGGCUGCCGGAAUUCGAGAGCGGCGAGGAUGAUGCGAACGUGGACGAUUUUGACAAUAUCUGCGACGAUGACGACGACGAUGACGACAGCAUUUUGAUUCCGAAUAAUAAUAGCAACGUGGAUGAGGAUAUCUUCAUGAAGGGCUGGAAAGAGCUCGGCGGUGAAGGCGCGGCGUUUGGGGAUAACUUCUCUUCUUGGAUCUACGGUAGUACCUCUGCCGCCGGCGGCGGCGGCGGCGGAUAGGUAAGUGAAUAUUAACUAUCAUGUAAUAAUUAUGUAUAUCUAUAAAUAUAUAUAUAUAUAGAAUUCUGUUAUUUCUUUCUUUAAUUUGUAGGGUAGGAACGACGAACGGAGGAAGAACUUAUUAGAUGUAAUAUAAAAGCAUAAUUUUAUUUAUUUUCUUUUUUGCUGUUUGGUGGCCACAUUGGUAGAUUGAGAAGGAAGCAGAGAUUAGAAAGGGCGAGAGAGAAUCUUUACCCAUCCACCCAUACUUUUUUUUUUUUUGGAGUCUUUUCAAAACUUUCCUUUUGGCGUUUGAUCUUUUGUUUUGGAGCAAUAUAUGUGAAUUAGGGUCCAGUCAUCAUUUUAGCAACUUUGAGGAGGGAUUUAGAAAUGGAUGGUGCUCCGAUUAAAACGGGUGACGGGGAGUGACGUGGCGCCUUUCAUUUUACAGGAAAAAUCAGGGAGAGUGUUUACAUGUACUAAAACUUCCCAAUAGUAGGAAAAUUAGUGGUUACAUGGAUUCUUCAUAUAUAGAAAUUCUCUUGGUGGAUGUAGACGCCGGGGCAGAUUGAUACUGCCGAAUUGCAUGUCUUUUUGAUUUCGGUUAUUUGAGAAAAUGUUGAC